UAGCCUGCAUUUGCAAAAAGAGUUUAAAGGGAAAGACACGCCUCCUCUCCUUUAGUCGUGCGCCUUCCCUUCCCCCAAAUUCUUCAAAAAUGGUUUGUCUCACGUGUUGCGGGGCGUAAAAGCGGCUCGCAUUCAAUUAGCAGCGAAGCUCACUGGCCCUGGCGGGACCCGCGCGUGAGGCCGAAGCAACAGAUGUGGGAAGCGCUCUGGGGCUGUCGUCCUGGCUCGGCGACAUCAAGUCUGGCGAAGGGGUUGCAGCCCCAGGGCAGCGUGCGGGGAAUCAGCGAGCAGCGGGAUCCGCGAUGCUGCCCUUGCUGGCCCUAUGGUUGGUCUGGGCGCUGCUAGGAGAGGCCAGAGCGUGCCCGGAGCCGUGCGCCUGCGUGGACAAGUACGCGCAUCAGUUUGCCGACUGCGCCUACAAGGAGCUGCGCGAGGUGCCAGAAGGACUGCCGGCCAACGUGACGACGCUUAGUCUGUCCGCCAACAAGAUCACCGUGCUGCGGCGCGGGGCCUUCGCCGACGUCACGCAGGUCACGUCGCUGUGGCUGGCGCACAAUGAGGUGCGCACGGUGGAGUCGGGCGCGCUGGCCGUGCUAAGCCAGCUCAAGAACCUCGACCUGAGUCACAAUCUCAUAUCCAGCUUCCCAUGGAGCGACCUGAGAAACCUGAGCGCGCUGCAGCUUCUCAAAAUGAACCACAACCGUUUGGGCUCGCUACCCCGGGACGCGCUCGGUGCGCUGCCCGACCUGCGCUCCCUGCGCAUCAACAACAAUCGGCUGCGUACCCUGGCUCCUGGCACCUUCGACGCGCUAAGCGCGCUAUCACAUCUGCAACUCUAUCACAACCCCUUCCACUGCGGUUGCAGCCUUGUAUGGCUGCAGGCCUGGGCCGCGAGCACUCGGGUCUCAUUACCCGAACCCGACUCCAUCGCGUGCGCCUCGCCUCCCGCGCUUCAGGGGGUGCCGGUGCACCGCCUGCCCGCCCUAUCCUGUGCACCGCCCAGCGUGAGCCUGAGUGCCGAGCCGCCGUCUGAGGCGCCAGGCAGCCCCCUGCGCGCCGGCCUAGCGCUCAUGCUACACUGCGUCGCCGAAGGACACCCCACGCCCCGCCUGCAAUGGCAACUUCAGAUCCCAGGUGGCACUGUAGUCUUAGAGCCGCCGAUCCUGAGCCGGGAGGACGACGGGGACGGCGUGGAAGGCCAGGAAGGGGAAGGGGACGGGGACGGGCCGACGCAGACGGAGGUCCCAACCCCGACUCCGGCACCCGCUUGGCCCGCGCCCCCAGCCACUCCGCGCUUCCUGGCCCUCACAAACGGAUCCUUGUUGGUGCCCCUUCUGAGUGCCAAAGAGGCAGGCGUCUACACAUGCCGUGCUCACAACGAGCUGGGCACCAACUCCACAUCAGUACGCGUGGCGGUGGCGGCUGCCGGGCCCCCAAAGCACGCUCCUGGAGCAGGAGGUGACCCUGAUGGGCAGGCCCCGACCUCUGAGCGCAAGUCCACAGCCAAAGGCCGAGGCAACAGCGUCCUACCUUCCAAGCCCGAGGGCAAAAUCAAAGGCCAAGGCUUGGACCGGGUUAGCGUCCUCGGGGAGACAGAGGGGCUGGAGGAAGAGGAGGCAGGUGAGGGAGAGGAGGUGGAAGACCAGGUAUCUGCGGAUCCUGUGGAGGAGCAGAGUUGUGGCCACGGGGACCCCUCGCGGUACGUGUCCAACCACGCGUUCAACCAGAGCGCAGAGCUCAAGCCGCAUCUCUUUGAGCUGGGCGUUAUCGCGCUGGACGUGGCGGAGCGCGAGGCGCGGGUGCAGCUGACGCCGCUGGCGGCGCGCUGGGGCCCUGGGCUGGGCGGGGCUGGGGGAGCGGGGGGAGCGGGGCGACCGGGGCGGCGGCCCCUGCGCCUGCUCUAUCUGUGCCCGGCGGGGGGCGGCGCAGCAGUGCAGUGGUCGCGCGUGGAGGAGGGCGUCAACGCUUAUUGGUUCCGCGGCCUGCGGCCUGGCACCAACUACUCCGUGUGCCUGGCGCUGGCAGGCGAGGCCUGUCACGUGCAAGUGGUGUUCGCCACCAAGAAGGAGUUGCCCUCGCUGCUGGUUAUCGUAGCGGUGAGCGUGUUCCUCCUGGUGCUGGCCACCGUGCCCUUGCUGGGCGCCGCGUGCUGCCAUCUGCUGGCCAAACGCCCGGGCAAGCCCUACCGUCUUAUCCUGCGGCCGCAGGCCCCCGACCCCAUGGAGAAGCGCAUCGCGGCCGACUUCGACCCGCGUGCCUCCUACCUCGAGUCCGAGAAAAGCUACCCAGCAGGCGGCGAGGCGGGCGGUGGAGAGCCAGAGGAGGCCCCCGGGGAGGGCCUUGACGAAGACGCGGAGCAGGGGGACCCAGGUGGGGACCUGCAGAGGGAGGAGAGCCUAGCAGCCUGCUCGCUGGUGGAGUCCCAGUCCAAGGCCAACCAAGAAGAGUUUGAGGCGGGCUCCGAGUACAGUGAUCGGCUGCCCCUGGGUGCCGAGGCGGUCGACAUCGACCAGGAGAUUAACGGCAACUACAGGCAGACAGCAGGCUGAACCCGGAGCCCGCCCGGCCCGCCUGUUCCCAUCCCCCACCUGGGUGCCUGGGAGCAGAAGCCCAGGGCUGGCAGGAUUUAUGCCCCCCUCCGCCCCUGUCCUCCGCCGCCUUCGCUUACUCCGCCCCCUUAUCACUCCCCAAUCUUGACUCCCGGGGACUUCUAGUGAGAGUGGGACGAUUUCGCCAGUCUGCCGCCACCCACGACCGUCAUUGUCCUUGUGGGCUGAAUUCCCCUCCACGGCAAGCACACUUCCCCGCUCCUCCCUCCACAUGUAAGACACAACUCGCGGACCGUGAGGCGAAAUCCACGCCUCUCCGUUCCCACCGCAAUUGUUAUCUGCGAAUUCUGCCCAGCGGCCCGCCCCAUCGUGGGCUCUGGAGCCACAGGAAACAGGAGAAGACGUUGGAAACAUCUGGUGGUAACGCUGUGGCUCGAGGGUCAGCCCGGGACCCCUAGCAAAUGUCCCUAGCGUGGAGCGGUGUGGGGUUCCGCCUCGACCUCUACUCCGCCCAUUCCGGGGUGCAUGUCCCAGAAGCUAGGAUUCAGUGGCCACUCCCUAGAUUUUAGUUUCAAAGCCCCCUUCCGACUGGGACCCAAACCCUUCUGUCCCCCACCCCCACUCAGCUUCUGACCAGCUGGAGCCGAGCCCCGUGCCUGGGGCGCCUUUCAGCUCUGCCCUCCGAUUUUCAUAUUUUCGUUGUUUUCAAAGACAGCGACACUCCAGGUCUGGUGCUAACACUCCCUUCCCAGCCUCUGGGAAAAUUGUGUGUGUGUGUGUGUCUCUC